AUGACGGAUAUGAAAAAUAUGGAAGUAUGUGGCAGCGUGAUGGAUGGUGUGGCUGAGAAGGGAGGGUUGCCAGAUUCCCCUAAAAAAUCACCGGUAGAAUACAAAGUUUUUCCGAUAAGAUGGCUGGUUUUGUUUAUAUUUGUUCUGUACUCAGCCGCGAAUUCGAUGCAAUGGUUGCAAUACAGCAUAAUUCAAGACGCGGUGGUAAAAUACUACGGGGUGAAUAGCAUCACGGUGUACUGGACAUCGAUGAUUUACAUGAUAACUUACAUCCCACUUAUCUUCCCGGGAAGUUAUCUUCUCGAUAAAACUGGCCUUCGAAUAACAACGAUUAUUGGAUCAUUCGGGACAUGCGCAGGAGCAUGGCUGAAAGUGUUCUCGGUGCCCCAGGACAUGUUCUGGCUUGGCUUCACCGGGCAGACUGUGGUGGCCAUCUCGCAGGUCUUCAUCCUGAAUGUACCCCCAAGACUGGCAGCAGUCUGGUUCGGAGCUGACCAAGUAUCGUCUGCAUGCAGCAUUGGAGUGUUUGGUAACCAGUUAGGCGUAGCUCUCGGGUUCCUGCUGCCGCCGAUGCUGGUGAGGGCGCAAGGAACUGUCGAGGAAAUAGGAGCUGAUCUACAGUUCAUGUUCUAUCUCAUUGCUGGCAUCACUAGUGUGCUGUUUGUUUUCAUCCUUCUAUUCUUCAAAGCUGCUCCAGCUACGCCGCCAUCGGCGGCUGCGGACUUCGGUUCGAGCCUGGACUCGAACUUCUUCCAGUCCAUCAAGAAGCUACUGACCAACCGCAAUUAUAUUCUACUCCUCAUCUCUUACGGUCUCAACGUUGGAGUGUUUUACGCUAUUUCAACACUCCUCAAUGAAUUAGUACUUACGUAUUAUCCGGGGGCUAAUGAAGAUGCAGGACGUAUAGGCUUGGCCAUCGUCGUAGCGGGUAUGGUAGGGUCAGUUGUGUGUGGUCUCAUCCUGGACAAAACCCAUCGCUUCAAGGAAACCACUCUGGCGGUGUACGCUGCGACUGUAGUGGGUAUGAUCAUCUUCACUUUCACCCUGGACUGCGGGUACAUUGGUGUGGUGUACUUCAGCAGUAUAGUACUAGGGUUUUUUAUGGCCGGCUACUUGCCCGUUGGUUUCGAAUUUGCUUCCGAAGUCACUUAUCCGGAACCUGAAGGUACUACGUCUGGAAUCCUCAACGCUUGUGUACAGGUAUUCGGGAUCGUGUUAACCCUGUUAUUCGAGUGGAUGCUAGGCGCAGUGGGCGACCGCUGGGCUAACCUGGCAUUGUGUGCGCUGCUCGCUCUGGGCACUGCGGUCACCGCUUGCAUCCGCUCCGACCUGAGGCGACAGGCUGCACAGAAUAAAGCU